AUGAUCAUAAAAAUUUUCAAGCCUAAAACCACUUCAAAUUCUCUUGCGCUAAGCUCUCAUCCAUGUCCAGCUAUUCACAACGUCGAUGAUGUCAAUCCUUCUCGACCAUCAGGUAAAGACAAGAUGUUGGAUUUGGGUCUUCUUGAAUCCGAUCCUGCUAAAAGAAAACAAAUUUCAGAUUAUUCUCCUAAUCUACGUGAUAGAGUGAGGAGAUAUUACAUUAACAAGGGUCCGUGUAAACGUUGGGAUCGUUUUGUAUUUCCAAUAACAUAUUUUGGUAACAAACCGCGUUCUUUUCAUUCUGAUUGGUUUGACACUUCAUAUUCGGGAUGGUUAGAAUACAGCAUUGAAAAAGAUGCAGCUUUUUGCUUAUGUUGUUACUUGUUUAAAAAUGAGACGGGAGGACAUGGAAAACAAGUAGGCGAUCCUUUCACAGUGGAUGGUUUCAGAAGUUGGAAUAAGGGUUUAGAAAGACUUAAUAAACAUGUGGGUGAAGUGAAUAGUGUUCAUUAUCGGUGUUUCAAGAUGAUGUUAUAUUUAGAUAAUCAAGCACAAUCUAUUCUAACUUGUUUUGACAAGGAAAACGAGAAACUAAAAGCAAAUAUCGGGUUCGCUUGA